AUGUCUCUCUCUCCUGCGCGAGCUGAUUUGAACUCCACCACCUCAGUUCUUCCUCCUCCAUUAUAUCCGGCCAUCCAUUGCCGGCGAGUCCCCUCGUGAAAAUACACUCUUUUUAUUUUUUAAUUCUCCGUCAUGUAAUCUCAUAAAUCCCAGCUCUCUCCUUCUCAGCGGUUUGGACUCUCGUUGCCUCAUUAAAACCAACCUCUCCCCAAUCUCUCCCUCUCUCUCUCUCUCUGUCUCGCCCGCUGAAAGUGAAGAAUGAAGACUGAUUCAUUUUUCACCCUGCAAAUCAAUUAACUUGGCCUCCUGCAAUGUGGGAGACCCGUCCACCACGGCGGCGCUGAGUUGGACCACUGCUGAGCACCGCCAUGUCUCUCCUCGUCAUUCUUCUAGCUCUUACUGCCUUCCCCUCCUUCACCACAAGCCAAGCUAUCUCCUCCACCGAUCUCACCGCGCUCUUCAGUCUCCGCGCCUCUCUCUCCCUCCGCGCACGCGACUGGCCACGUGGUGCCGACCCUUGCUCAAGGUGGACAGGCGUCGGCUGCGAUGCCGCGGGUCGUGUCAUCUUCCUCAACCUCCACGGUCUCCGUCGAACCCGGCUUGGUCGCCUGAGCCCAAGAUUUGCCGUCGAGGGGCUUAAAAAUCUCACCUUUCUCACCUCCUUCAACGCCACCGGUUUUGCGCUCCCCGGCCCAAUUCCGGUCUGGUUCGGUCUAUUGAACCCCAAACUGGCCGUCGUUGACCUCAGCCACGCGUCUAUCUCCGGUGAAAUACCCUCAUCUCUCGGAAACCUCUCUCUAUUAGUUUCGCUGGAUUUGAGUUCUAAUUUACUGACCGGAUCUUUGCCUGAUAACUUGAAGAACUUGGAAAACCUGAAAAAUCUCAACUUUGGGAGCAAUUUGCUAACUGGCUCUCUAGAGGGCGAACUUUUCUCUAGCCUUUCGAAGCUGGAAUCAAUUACAUUGACCCGGAACAACUUCUCCGGUUUGAUUCCUGGUUCUGUUUUCUCUUUGCCCGAGCUGAAGUUUCUUGAUGUCUCCUACAAUGAUUUCACGGGGAAUCUGCCAGAUCUCUCUUUGGCAAAUUUUAGUCACAAUGGAAUUGCAUUUGAUCUGUCGCAUAAUCUUUUGUAUGGUUCAAUCUCUUCUGAGUUUUCAAUCCUGUCAUCAAGAUUCAAUUUUGUGGAUGUAUCAAAUAAUUACUUUGAAGGUUCUGUGCCCCUUGAUAAAAAUAGUAAAAAAUUCUCUUUUGCUUCGAAUUGCUUUCUGAACGAUUCAAGCCAGAGAAGCACAGCUGAGUGUGAGCAGUUCUAUAAGGCCAAAGGGCUCACUUUUUCUGGAACAGUGAAUUCCAGUGCAGCUCCUGCUCCAAGUCCCAGCUUUAAUUCACCUAAGAGCAAUAAAACAUGGAAAUAUAUUCUGAUACCAGUUGUGUGCGGAGCUGUUCUCCUAAUAUUCAUUGCGGCUUUAAUUCUGCUGUUUGUAAUGAAAUGUAGAGUUCACUCAGCUCGGCAGGAGAUGAAUGCGGCGACUGUUGUCGCUACUUCUCCUCCUGCCGGAGCUCCACCUCAGCCUUCUACAGGAGAGAACUUCACGUACGAUCAAUUGGCCCUCGCAACCUCCGGUUUCGGCGAAGAGAACCUAAUUAAGCAAGGCCAUUCAGGCGAUCUCUACCAUGGAGUUUUGGAAGAUGGGAGUCUAGUGGUUGUGAAAAGGAUCGACUUGAACAGUGCGAGGGAGGAAGAUUACUUGGUUGAAUUGGAUUUGUUUGGCCGAACUUCGCACGACAGAUUGAUUACUCUUUUGGGGCACAGUCUGCAGAAAGAGGAUGAGAAGUUCCUUGUUUAUAAACAAAUGCCUAAUCGAGACUUGGCUUCCGCGCUUUACAAAAAGGCUGCGCUGGAAGAAGAAUGGUUGCAAUCAUUGGAUUGGAUAACGAGACUGAAGAUUGCGAUUGGUGUGGCUGAAGCGCUCUGUCAUCUGCAUUAUGACUUCACGCCGCCGUUGGUUCAUAGAGAUAUCCAAGCAAGUAGUAUCCUUCUUGAUGAUAAGUUUGAUGUGCGGCUGGGAAGCUUGGGCAGUGUAUGUGCUCAGGAAGGAGAAGGCCAUCCAAAUGUCAUAUCAAGAUUCUUUCGGCUUUCACAGACUUUAUCAGAGCAAAUUGCUCCUGGUGCUCCAUCAGCCUCAUGCGCUUACGAUGUCUACUGCUUUGGCAAAGUUCUGCUUGAGCUGGUCACAGGCAAGCUGGGCAUCAGCGCCUCUACUGGCGUUUCAACCAAUGAAUGGCUCGAAAACACUAUACAGUACAUCGACAUGAACGAGAAAGAGCUCAUCACAAAAAUAAUAGAUCCCUCACUCAUAAUCAACGAAGACCUGUUGGAGGAGGCUUGGGCUAUGUCGAUCGUAGCGAGAUCUUGUCUGAAUCCGAAGCCUUCGAAGCGGCCGGCCAUGAAAUAUAUUCGCAGAGCGCUCGAGAAUCCGUUGACUGUGGUUAGAGAGGACAGCAAUUCGGAUUCAUUAGGGUUACGGAGUUCUUCGUCGGGGGGUUUAUGGAAUGGGGCUUUGUUUGGGAGUUGGAGGCGGACUUCGAGAGAGAUUCCGUCGGGAUCGGGGACGGGGAGGCAUGGGAGGAGUUUGAGACAGUCGGGUCCGUUGAGAUCGCCGGCAAGCGGCGGCGAAUUUUCGUCUUCUCGUCGGAGACAGGCGCCGCCGAGGGAGAUUUUCCCCGAGCCAGAUGACGUGGAGGAAGAUUAGGGUCGAAUUGUUUUUUAUUCCAAAAAUUUACAUAAACAGGACUCAAUUUUUAUGUAUUUACAUAUCUAACACCUUCAAUUUAAUUUGUACAUACAUACCCCCUAACCUACGAAUGAAAAAGGUGCAUUUCAAUUCUUUUUAGUUGAAAUCGUGGUAUUUUUUCGUGAUACGAAAAAUUUGGGUGGUAGAAAUGUAAAUCGGAGAGUUUAAGUUUUACAUAUGCAACUACAUAGACAUUUGACUGGUAUAUAUGUAAAUGUCACUUUUUACUGUUUUUUUAAUGAAAAUUCC